CCUGCCCAGGGAGGUGGCCUGCCUGGCCUGCACACUGUCACUCUGUCAUUGGACUCUGGAGUUCCCGUCAUUGUUUAUUUCUUUUCUUAUUCAGGAGUCAAUGUCCUUUGCACACUCAUUAUGAAGCGGGAUCUGGCUCUAAUUGGUCUGGCCUUGCUGUCUCUGCUUCCAUCUGGAUAUCCUCAGCAAACACCAGAGGAUGCCUGCUCCGUACAGAUUCUUGUCCCAGGCCUCAAAGGGGAUGCUGGUGAGAAGGGAGACAAAGGUGCACCUGGACGUCCUGGAAGAGUUGGCCCCACAGGAGAAAAAGGAGACGUGGGUGACAAAGGACAGAAAGGCAACAUAGGUCGCCAUGGAAAAAUUGGUCCGAUUGGUUCUAAAGGCGAAAAAGGAGAUUCUGGUGACAUAGGGCCCCCUGGCCCUAAUGGAGAACCAGGCAUCCCGUGCGAAUGCAGCCAACUCAGGAAGGCCAUCGGGGAGAUGGACAACCAGGUCACCCAACUGACCACCGAAUUAAAAUUCAUAAAAAAUGCACUGCCCUCCCCCGCAGCUGUAGCCGGCGUGCAAGAGACGGAAACUAAGAUCUACCUGCUGGUGAAGGAGGAGAAGAGGUACCUGGACGCACAGCUAGCAUGCCAGGGCCGUGGGGGCACCCUGGCCAUGCCCAAGGAUGAGGCUGCCAAUGGCCUCAUGGCCUCCUACAUCACACAGGCCGGCCUGGCACGCGUCUUCAUUGGCAUCAAUGACCUGGAGAGAGAGGGCACCUUCGUCUACGCAGACCGCUCCCCCAUGCAGACCUUCAACAAGUGGCGUACCGGGGAGCCCAACAAUGCCUAUGACGAGGAGGACUGCGUGGAGAUGGUGGCCUCGGGGGGCUGGAACGACGUUGCCUGCCACAUCACUAUGCACUUCAUGUGUGAGUUUGACAAAGAGCAUGUGUGAGUGAGUUGAGCCUGCCGGGCCUGGUCUUUGCCAUCCCUGCAGUCGUGACCGUCCAUCGAGACCUCCAUGGACUUGAGACUUUGUUCCAGUGUGUUGACCUGAGAACACAGGUUUCUUCAUUCAAAGUCAUUUCCCCCACUCCGAACCUCUGGAGCAAGGCAAAUGUUUGGUGGGGUGUCGUUUUGGGAGAAAUUGUUUU